CUGUGGAGAAGAACUAAGCAGUUGUUUCUUGGUUGAUUGAACCUGAGUGCUGUGACCAUGUCAGAGUGAUGAAAAGAGGACGGUAAUAAUGUUUGUUGUGUGGAGGCUUGUUGGACUUCUCUAGGAGAGCAGUUAGCACAGUGCCUGAGCAAUCUUUCUUUGAAUCACCUGCCUUUAGAAUUCAUGUUUUAUGCCACUGGAGAUCAAUUGAAUUGAGGCCACAGGUGCAAACACGAUGGAGAACAACACGACCGUGUUUCAGGAUGACACUCGGACUUUCAUACAGACUGAAAUGCCUCUGAAAGGCAUUGAGGAGCAGGUCAUCACAAUAUUUUUGACAAUGCUCAUCUGCGGCGUUGGGAUCGCAGGGAAUAUCAUGGUGGUGCUGGUCGUACUGCGCACUAAACACAUGGUGACCCCGACCAACUGUUACCUGGUCAGCCUGGCCGUCGCAGACCUCAUUGUGCUCUUGGCUGCGGGGUUGCCCAAUAUCUCCGAUGUUGUAGCCUUCUGGAUAUACGGCUACACAGGAUGCUUGUGCAUAACGUAUCUUCAGUACUUGGGCAUCAACGUGUCAUCCUGCUCCAUCAUGGCAUUUACCAUUGAACGCUACAUUGCCAUUUGUCACUCCAUUAAGGCACAGUUCUUAUGCACUGUUUCCCGGGCCAAGAGGAUCAUAGCUGGAGUCUGGGUCUUCACCUCACUCUACUGUAUUAUGUGGUUCUUCUUAGUGGACACAGACGAAACCGUCUAUACCAACGGAGUUGUGGUCACUUGUGGCUACCGUGUCUCCAGGAGUCUCUACAUGCCAAUCUACUUCCUGGACUUCACCCUAUUCUAUGUAAUCCCCCUAAUUGUAGCCACAGUCCUUUACUGGCUAAUCGCAAGGAUUUUGUUUAUGAGUCCUCUGCCGUCACAUCUUACUGACAGAGUUGGCGGAGGCUCGGUUCACCAGGGUCAGUCCAGCGGCAGCAAGAACAAGGCCAACAAGGGAGCAGUCUCUGCAAGGAAGCAGAUAACAAAGAUGCUGGCUGUGGUGGUCGUCCUCUUUGCCUUGCUCUGGAUGCCUUACCGGACACUGGUGGUGGUCAACUCCUUCAUCGAACCGCCCUACCAUAACACGUGGUUCCUGCUCUUCUGCCGCAUGUGCAUCUACACCAACAGUGCCAUUAACCCCAUCAUUUAUAACCUCAUGUCUCAGAAGUUCCGGGUUGCCUUCAAAAACCUCUGCAAGUGCAACUGGCGGAACAAAGAGAAGGCAGCCAAGUAUAACGUGCCGAUGUAUUACAGCGUGAUGAAGGAUUCGUCCCAUGAGAGCAACGAGCCGGUCACAGAGCAGGAUCACGUGAGUGGCCAAACAGCCAGGAGGUUCAAAGUGAAGGAUGAUGACACAUGUACUUUCAGCAUCUCUUGAUAAAGGCUUCUUUAAGUUUCUGGCUCCUUCAGGGCAAACUGUGCGCCUUUUAUUUUCUUGAUAUGGUUCAAUGUAUUGUUUUGACUGAAUGUUAUUUACACAUUAUUGAAAAAAGUAUUUGUUAACACUGGAACCUGUAGAUGUUCUUUGUGUUUGCUGUUGCACAAGUUGUGUUUUCUGGUUUCUUAGCUGUGAUACGUAUGCUUGAAUAAUAUGUUACUAUGUUGUAAAACUGGUAAUUAAGGCGAAAUGUGUAGUGGGACAUGACAGCAUUAAGUUGUGCAUCAGUAUUUCAAAAGAAUAAGUUAAUGUUUUUUUAAUAAAUAGACUCGCAAGUUUAGUGGACGACGUGGAUAUUUUAUGUGAUACAUGAUAUAUAAUGUUGUUAGUGCAUGUUAUGGAUUGUUAUUCAAAGUAAUGUUUAGAUUUUAGUUGUGUCCAGAGAUGACUCGACUGUAGUUCUGUGCCACCAGGAGCUGAUCAUAUGUUUAACAGCAGUGUUCAUCAGUCAAAGUAUUUCACUCGGGAGCCAAAUAACCAUAAGCAGUUAGGGGUAAAAUAAAUUAUAAAUCUGACUAAAUUUAAAUUAAGCUAUUGCUGGUUUUUGGAUUGGAUGGGCGUGUUCUGCUGGUGCAGGAAUGUGGUUCAGUUAAAAGACUUUAACAUUGGCCCGUCGCCAUCACCCUCCCUCCAUAAAAUGUCUAAAUAAAAAUAAAAAGUAUCUGUGUUUUGUAUUUAUGAACUCAUUAGAUAUUCGGUCAAGUCUCUAUCAGUGCUUUUUAUGUUCAGGUCAGUCAGCUCGAAUUUAAGAAGACGACAAGCUCUCGCUCACCUUUAACCUGGCAUCAGGUAACGCGAGGUUUACGCUUGUAGGAGCUAACAUUUAUCCUAAAUGAGGCACUUAAAGACGUAAAGAUGCAUAUAUAAUGGCGUAAUUGGCAGACACAACAAGACUUCCAGCAAAUAUGGCCUGGUAUCAGACGACAGACCGGUUGUUUCGGGAGGAGAAAGCGUCGACAUUUCGACAGAAUGGCAAACUAGCAUUAGCGUUAGCUCUACAGCUAGCGCCCCGCUGGCGGCGCCGCUGUCCCCUUUCUGCGGGACAGGACAUCGUGUGUCGACUCUUCUAAAUAGUGGACGCUGAAAAAUUCAUUGAUCUGUUACAAAUGGAGGAGAUUACUUCAAAGACCCUAACCCAGAAGUUAUUAAGUGACCUAUGUCAUAUGUUCUGGUGUGUGGCCACACCUCAGACACACAGGAUUGGUGCCAGUUUCUCAGAGGCUCCUUCACUGAAACUACACCAUGCAGAGAGCAGAUUUUGUCAAGACAGAGCACGUAUGUGGGAGUUGAAGGAUUCGAUACUUGAUCUACCCCUGAAACGUAAGACACUGGCUUCUGAUUUGCUGAAUAUGCUGAAAUUAAAAAUGCAAUAUUUGUUGUUUUAAAGACAGAAUGUACUACCAGUGUGUUUACUUUUUGUAAUGAUGUUGCACAUCAGUUCAUUACUGGGUAGAAAUGUUUGUGGGAUGUACAAAAUGUGCUGUAGAUAUAACCUAUGCUCUCAUAUUCUACACCAGUUAUUCACCACCAACAUACCAGUUACCACACAGUGCUGAAAGAAACAAUAUAUUGCAUGUUUCAUGAUUCAUGGGUUUUUCUCUAUCCUGUGCCAGACCUUUCAUAUACAGUCUUAUAGAAACCGGGGUUGACGAGAGGUUGCUAUGAGACGGUCUGAUCUUUUAUCCCGUGUCGUACAUUAAACUGAUGGUAGAUAAAUGUGUGCAGCGGUGUAUACACUAUACAUGUGCAUGUUCAUGUUUUCAGCAGCUCAGUGGGUCUUUUUUUCUCUUUCUCGGUGGAAACCUCGUUAGUCUCUUUUUACUGAGGUUUUACACUGUAUGAUAUAUUUAAAUGCUUGAGCUUCUUUAAGGUGUUCACACAGUGUGGACGAACUCAUGUCAGAAUGAAAUAUAAAUAUAUUUAUUUAGCGCUUUGUAUGAACUCAAAGUCGCUUUAUAUGGAAAGCACAAAAAAAGAGAGAGACAUAAGUUAAAAACUAUUAAACAUUAAAAGUGUUUUUGAAAGUUUUGAGUAGAGAUCUGAAUGAGGAGAUGGGUUGGGGUGUCCCCAAGUUUUGUGCUUGGUUCCUGGGUGGUGGCUGCAGUAGGUUGUUGUCUGAGGAUCGGAGAAGUGAGCUAAGCGAGGAGCCUGGUUAUAGACAGCUGAGGAGAAGGAGGACUUUGAACUGGAUGCGUUGUGGGAUGGGAAACCAGUGCAGGCUCUGGAGGACAGAGCUGACAUAGGUGGAAGGGCCAACAGGUCACCCGUCCAUCACAGGGCCGCAUAUACUGUAGAGACAAACAACCAUCCACUCUCACAUCUACGGUCAAUUUCGAGUGACCAGUUUGCCUAAUCCCCAAAUCUGCAUGUUUUUGGACUGUGGGAGGAAACUGGAGAACUUGGAGAAAACCCACGCACACACGUGGAGAACAGAGCGGCCAACUUGAGUCUUCUUGCUGCAAAGGCAGUCAAUUAGUUAUCCUGGAUUGUCUCCAGAGAUUGCAAAGACUGGAAGCAGGAACACUGAGAUGCACAGUUCAAUAAACACCUGACGUGAAAAAGUUAAGCCUCCAAUGAGAUCAUGUGUAAUGGAGGUAAAGUCUGCACUCGUCCGGCCUUGGACUUGGCAGCAACCUUGUGCUGACGCUGGGGGCAGAUGGUCUCUCUCCCACAGUCAGGCAUCAGCUGUUGAGCAUAUGAGCACAGAGGAGGUGAGAGUUAGAGUCUCACUCAAAGCUAACAGACUCCUGACAGCUUGCUCCCUGCUGGGUCUAUACUGGAAUUUGAAAGAAAAAAAAAGAACUAUCACUGACAGCACUCUUCUUCCUCUGAUAAGAUCUGCUUUGUGGAGAUAAUGUCUCGCUCCAGGUGCUCCGCAGGAAACGGUUUGAGUCAAGUUCUUCAGUCAGGAGUUUCCUCUUUUCCUGGAUGCCACAAGCAGGACUUUGCAGUUUCCUCCCUCCAGUGAACAAAGCAGAUUUGUGUCCAGAGCAGCCACACAACAACAGAAGCAGUAAUCCU